AUGUUCAUCAUUGAGAGAGUUAUAUCUCUGGAAAAAUCAAUUCAAAGGGACUUAUCUAGAAGUAUCGGGCAGCUUCCCAAGCUCGAAGUUUUGGAUGUUAAUUCAAACCAUCUAGAAGGUCUCGUCUUUGUAGCCCAUCUGUCGAAUCUCUCCCGAUUGCAGUUCUUAGACUUGUCUCUUAAUUCUUUGGUUUUAAAGUUCAACUCAGGGUGGAUUCCACCUUUUCAUCUAGAUACCAUAAGGCUGAGAUCUUGCAAGUUGGGCCCUCAUCUUCCAAAAUGGCUUCAAACUCAAAAAAACUUUUCUGUGCUUGACAUCUCUGCUGCUGGAAUUUCAGCUACUAUCCCCAGUUGGUUCUGGGACCUGUCUCCAAGAAUGCGUUUGUUAAAUAUCUCUUAUAACCAGAUCAAUGGCAUCAUGCCCGAUUUGUCAUUGAAGUUUCCAGCAUUUCCUGCAAUAGACUUGAGUUCUAAUCACUUUGCGGGUCCAAUACCGUUCCUCCCCCGUACUGCAACAUCACUGAAUCUCUCAAAAAACAAGUUUUCAGGGUCAGUUUCUUUCUUAUGCACAAUUAAAUUUGAGCAAUUGACCCGUCUUGACCUUUCUGACAACAUAAUAGGCGGAGAACUCCCUGAUUGUUGGAUGCAAUUCACAUAUUUGGAUGUUCUAAACUUGGCCAACAACAACUUAACUGGGAAAAUUCCUAGGUCUCUGGGCUCCAUAUCGAAGCUUAAGGUACUGCAGUUACGUAACAAUAGUUUCACUGGGGAAUUGCCUUUGCCUUUGAGAAACUGCAUAAACUUAAUAAUUAUUGAUUUGGGAGAUAACAGAAUAUCUGGUGCAAUACCAACUUGGAUAGGGGAAAGUCUAUCUAUGUUGGUUGUUUUCAGUCUGCGAUCAAAUGAGUUCCAUGGAAGCAUACCUACUAAUUUUUGUCAGUCAAACAACAUUCAAAUCUUGGAUCUGUCCAUAAAUAAUAUUUCAGGGACCAUACCAAUGUGCCUUGACAACUUUUUGGCAAUGACUCAGACUCAGAGAUUUGAUCCAACCAUUUAUGUUAUUUAUGAUCAACCUUAUACCAUCCUUGAUGGUGAAGAAGGUUAUUACAGCCCCCAUUAUGUCCUCAGUGCAUUGUUGGUAUGGAAAGGUAGGGAAUAUGAGUACAAAAAUACUCUAGGACUUGUGAAGAGCAUUGAUCUUUCAAGCAAUAAGUUAACCGGAGAAAUUCCCAGUAACAUUACGCGUCUUGUUGGUCUGGUUGCCAUGAACUUCUCAAGAAACAGGCUAACUGGACCAAUGCCUGCAGAAAUUGGCGACUUGAAAUUGUUAGAAUCUCUUGAUUUGUCCAGAAACCAGCUUUCUGGGGGAAUUCCUAUAAGCCUUUCAAACUUAAAUUUUCUUAGUCACUUGGACUUAUCGGACAACAACUUAUCAGGAAGAAUCCCAUUAAGCACUCAACUGCAGAGCUUAGAUAAUUCAACAUUUGUUGGAAAUCCUGAACUUUGUGGGGCACCACUUACAAAAGUGUGCCCAGGAGGUGAAGCACCUCAGAAUCCAAAAGGACCAGAUGGCACUUAUGGCCUAGAUAAUCAAGAUGAGGACACAUUCAUAACCACAGGAUUUUAUGUCAGCAUGGGGCUUGGAUUUACUUUUGGAUUCUGCGGAGUCUUUGGCAGCUUAAUACUCAACAGAACUUGGAGACAUGCUUAUUUCCAAUUUUUGAUGAACAUAAUAGAUUGGGUCUAUGUGGCUGUAGCUUUGAAUACCGCGAGAUUGCGCACAAGGCUUCGAAUCUAA